CAUCAUUUUCUCAAUGCGCGAGCCUUUCACCAUCACCAUAGUCGGUGGAUCAGUAUCUGGCCUCGUCCUGGCCAAUGCUCUCACCCAAAGACAAAUUCAAUGGAGGAUCAUCGAGGCCAAGAAGGACAUCAUAGAAGACGCCGGAGCAGCCCUGUUGAUUGCACCUAAUGGAGCCCGUAUCUUAGAUCAAUUGGGUCUUCUUGACGAGAUUAAGAAAGAAGCAGCGCCGGUAUUGGAGCAUCGGACGUGGUUAGAGUCGGGGCGGCUUCUUAAGAGUGUAGACCUGACGAAGCUUCCUUCGAGAUCUGGAUAUGAGUUCUUUGCCAUCGAACGGCAGGCCUUACUGCGCGUCCUCCUGCGACGUCUGCCGGCGAGGACCAUUACAUUUGGAAGCAAGGUCACAGGCAUUGAGAAUAGCCCUGAAGAAGUGAAUGUAGAAUCUUGGGGCCGACAUUAUCCUGGACAUAUGGUCGUUGGAGCAGAUGGUGUCCACAGUGCAACGCAUGGUUUGAUGUGCAAUAAAAUGCCCAAACCAGGUACAUUCCAUGUUCCAGACAUCCGCCCUACAGCAAGUUACACAGGUAUAUUCGGGACAUCAACUGCUAUAGCAGGACUGAAACAAGGCAUUGCGCAUCGAACUUACUGCCGCGGAUUCUCGUUCAUCGUGACAGUCGGCAGGGACGACAAAGUGCACUGGUUUCUAGCCAUCCGGUCUAGAUCUAGAUCUGACCGGAUCUCGCGCUGUGACCAGAAUGAGAUCGAUGUCCGUGUUAAACCGUAUUUGUCGGUGAAGAUAGCAGAUGGUGUGAGUUUUGCGCAGGUGUAUCGGAAUCGCAUUCGCUGCCGUCAUGUGCCAUUGGAGGAGGGACUGCGAUCGACAUGGGCAUAUAACAGAAUUGCUUGUAUUGGUGAUGCAGUUCACAAGAUGACACCGAACAUCGCCCAAGGCGCCAACUGCGCCAUCGAAACUGCCGCAUCCCUAGCCAACCAUAUCUCUCGCAUCCACCGCUGUGACGGACAUUAUCCCGAGAAUCUGGGUCUAGAGACAUGGUCUCGUCGCCGAUGGAUCAAAGCACUGUUAUUCUACUGGGCUUCGCAGAUGUUGGUUCGUGUCGAGGCAUCCUCGUCGGUGACUAGCAGAUGGAUCGGGUGGUAUAUCGGAUAUAUUCACGGUGAGCUUGUUAUGGAUACGCUGGCGGGAGUCUCGCCGUAUACAGAGAGGCUGGACUUCCUGCCUUUGCCGGAACGUGCCGGAUCGGCUAUCAGUAGAUUUAGGGUGGGUUUGAGGAUGCUGCUGUUGCUGGGUUAUGGCAUGAUCUUUGCGGUUCUGCGGUUUCUAUGGUUGAUCUGAG